UACCCCUUCCAGGGAGGUCAGCCUACCUGGUCUUCCUCAUCGUGGCAUCUACCUAGAAAUACAUCGUUCUCGCAUAUCGUCUGCUGCUUCUUCUUUCUAUCAUUCUCGGGGUUUUCUGUAAUCACUUGCAUGUGUCAGAACGAUGAGGCCUGGACUCGGUUGCGAGAGUGCUGAACUGCGCCCUCGCAAGUCCUCCGUUGCCGGAUCUCCCUCCAUGACGGGUGAGCGCAGCAACGCUCCACCAACUACAUUCUUCCUCUCGCGUGACCCCGACGGUCCCAGACCACGAUCGGAGAGCAACACUAACGCCCUGCCUACACAUUAUCCCGUAAGCAGUCUACAGGACACAAUACAAGAGGCGGACGCAUCUGGCAAACAUCUCGCCAGCCGACCAGCAGCAGAGGUGAGAAGUGGCAGUCGAAGGAGAUCUACUAUAAGACCGGGUAAUGGGGACCGCGUGAGGCACGGCUCCUCUGUCGCACAUGGGGAGACAAACCAUUCACAGCAUGUUCGAGAGGUCACUCCUUCGCCUCUACCGUCCCGUGAUGUCUCCCUUCCCAGCAGUCCGAAGUCCGGCUCGUCCAGAUCGCUUCACCAAUCCGAUGACGAACUGACCAACGAUGAGACUGGGAGUCAAGUGAUCGGGUCAAGUGAAGAUAGCGAGAUAGAGUCACCGGCAGUCGUUCAGGACAGCCAACCGGAACUAAUAAUGCCGAGCAUCAAGAUGCCUAGCCGAAGACCGUUCACUGAACGAGGCAAGCGUUUGGGGAGAUUCAAAAUCAUGGUGGCAGGAAGGAAAGGGACGGGCAAGACGUCCCUAAUCAAGUCGAUAGUCCAGCUAUGCGACGAUAUAGUCCAUGUCGAUCCGGUACCAUCGUCCUCGAAACCUGGAUUGUCAGCAGGACACCACCCUGGAGCACCGGACUUGGUGACAGAGAUCUAUGCAAGUACCAAGCCUUAUCCUGCUUGGUGGUCGGACGUGGAAGAAAGUCGAAUCUUAAGGAGACGGAAGAGUAUGGGGGAUUCUGUUCUGGAACGUAACAUCUGCUUCGUUGACACGAGCGAUUCGGUCAAACUGGACAGGAUUGUUCACUAUCUCGAGCAACAGCUGAUGAACGUCAUGACGUCCGUCAAUCAGUUUACCCACGAAUUCUCAGGAUUGUUGAGUGGACGUGGCUCGUGUCAAGUCGAUGUGAUUCUGUACUUGGUUUCUAAAGAUCAUGUACAGGACGACUGCGACCGUAUCCGGCAACUUUCAGAGCUAUGCAACGUUGUCCCACUUGUAGCAAAAUCAGACCUGCUCACGUCGGAGGAGCAAGAACUGGUCAAACGAUCAAUAGACCUCAGCACGGUCACUCUACCGCGUUUGCCCACAUCUUUGAUGUCGGAACCAGAGGCCAGGGAGAUGGCAGUGGCUCCGUAUACCGUCACAUCGAUCAACGGUCCGGACCUUGACACUAUGGACGCAUCUCUCCUCAUGUCACCCGAGUAUGUCCAGCCAUUACUACCGUCGGAGCUGAGUCUCCUCGUAGAGCAGAUGUUCGAGCCUGACACGGUGGCAUAUCUGCGGCAUACAUCGGCACGCAAGUCUGUGGCAUGGCAUGCAGCUCAUCCUAGGCUAACCUCUAUGCCAUCACCGUCACUCGCAUCCGUGCACAAUUCCACCCUUAUAUCACCUCUGCCAACAUCAUUAAGCAACUCGGGUGUCCUGAUACCAGUCGGAUCAGAGGUGUCUCUGAAUACUUCCAAUAGCUGGGCUCUGGCCAAAGUGGCAGAUCACUCUCAACGCGAAGAGCGUUUGGCUCAAGUCCGACUGUCGAAAUGGGCAAGUGAAUUGCAGCUCAGUCUUCAACGUGAGCGAGAAAGAUAUGAGCGGUUGGCUCGAGGAGAACGAGCGAUCUGGCUAGUCGAUCGACUCGGUGAAGAAGUCCGUGAAGGACAGAUCCUGUCACGAGACGGCUCGCAUGCUCUGGUACACAAGCGCAGCAAGUCUGGAAUGAUCUUUGAUGAACUCCCCAGCUAUCAGAUGCACGACCCAUUGGGCUUGCUGCGUUGGCAAGAUAGCAUGCGCACGCAUGGAUGGAUUGCUCUUCAGAUCAUGGGCAGUUUUGGCGUGGUGGGAGGGAUUGCUUUCUGGGCUGUGAAGACUUGGGGUUUGACAGCCAGCAUCAAUGACUGGGCGCAAGGAUGGCAUAUGGCAUGGUUCGGAAAUGAUUACUGAAAUAAUGAAGCAAGAACGAGAAUGCGAUGCCUAGUAUUGGAUGGAUCCAAGAUUCCGAGACGGUCUGGCAGUCGUUGGGAGUGUACGGAGUACAGAGUCAAAAGCUGGUCGGCGAGUCUGGUGUCAGGAAGAGUCCCGUUCUUUUUCUCUCUUUCGCUCAUCACAGCCUCAGCCUUAGAUAAGUCGAUGGUACUCGUACAGAGUACAAUUAUCAACUCGUUCUUUUCGACAGGUUACAGACAUUACCUAUUCUAUCAAUGCUACGAGUUUCGUG